AUGUCCUUCGACCAAAGGAUGAGCGCUGCUGACGAGCAACGUCUCAAAUGCCUCUUGGCCAAACAAGCAGAGCUCCAGGCCGAGAUUGCCUCGCUCCAUUCGUCCAGUGCUCCUACCAGUACUCCUACUUCACAACCUCAUCGAUCUCCUAUCCACAAGCAACACCAACAACGUCGAAGAGAUGUCCCUCGAGGCAUGUCUAACUAUGGAACCACCAUGGCCCAGCAGCUAUCAGGUGACCGGAUCGAAAGAAGCCUAUCCCAAUGCUCCGCAUAUUCUAUGGCAAGAACGAGCUCCAAAGGAUCAACUUCGCCUCAAUAUUGUAACUUCGCCUUCACCGGCUCUAUGCCACCAUCUCUCAUCUCCGAUUCCUCUCAGGAAAUGCCCGUUGAUCCAUGGAGCCCGUGUUAUACCUAUCAGCCACAAUGCUCGCCAUCGCAACAAAGACAAGAGAUAGAGCACGGCCUCGAGAAUGUUGGAGAGGAUCCCGCCGUAUGGAUAACUCGAACGUCUUCAAUCCCACUCACGCCUUCCCCCGUUUCAAUACCCCCCUCUGCUACGCCCAUUCGAACCCGACCAUGUAUCGGUACUCCACAGUCGUACAACAUGACCACCCCAACGACAUCAACUAGCGGCUCGCUCACCAAUGCAACAACUCUUACGAGCAACAUGAGCCGACAAAGUAGUCUCUGUAACGAACCUUUGCUCGAAAGUAUGCAGAUGAUGAAGUUCAAUUCGAACACCUCGUUCUUUUCUACAGAUAAUAAUGGCGAUGAUCCUGCAUCUGAUCAAGUCACUCUUCAUUAUACAUCCUCUCAUCAAGGUGGUUGUUCUUCGAAUGAGGAACAGUCACACCUCCUUAGAGGCCUUGGUGGGGCAAGUCAUCAUUCCCAAUUUUCACAUCCUUUUCCUACUGCAGCAGAGCUGGCACAAUUUCACUGUCCUAGUUUCUCUGGUGAGAAUGGUGAGAAGAUGGAGAAAUCACUUUCGAAUGAAAGUACUUCAUCGUCAUCCUCGUCUCGAAGCAAGGAGCGCUUGAAGGCUCAAAUUCAAACUGCUGCUGCCCGACCGCUCGCACCUAAAGGCGACGAACAUGCGAUGUUGCGAGAUAAUUCGUCACAAUCAAUGACUCGCCUCGAGUCGAAAGAUGGCUCUCAAGAUAAAAUUGCUAUCUCGAAACCUACUUAUCAACGACCAAAGCAUGAUCGGGUAUAUUGCAACGAGUGUGACGAUCAUCCUGAUGGUUUCCGCGGCGAGCACGAGCUUCGAAGGCACAAAGAUCGACAGCAUAAGAAGGUGGUGAAGAAGUGGGUUUGCGUCCAGCCAGUUGGUCUGGAUCAUCCCAAACCUAUCCUACCCCUCUCAAGAUGCAAGGCGUGUGCACAACAGAAGAAGAAAUACAAUGCAUACUACAACGCCGCUGCUCACCUUCGUCGUGCACACUUUCGCCCCAAAGCGAAGGGGCGCACAAAGACAAGCAAGGUAGACGACGCGAAUAAACGUGGCGGCAAGGCCGGAGGUGAUUGGCCCUCAAUGCCAGAGUUGAAGCAUUGGAUGAAGGAAGUGGAGGAAUUGGCAGAGUACCCAUUAACCGCAUCCCAACAAGAAGAAGACGAAUCCGAAGACGAAAAUUGCGACAUCCCUGAAGAACCGUCACCACUAGCGAUGAACAGUAUGGCUGGCGGAAGUUUCGACACAUCGAUCUACACGACCCCCGAUACCUCGUUCAACAUUUAUCCCCUAUCAACGAACGAGUCGUUCAGCAUGCAGAGCAUGCAAUGUCUCCCUCAAUAUUCACAGCAAAUGAACUGCGGUCAAAACAACUUUGACAACUUUUCCUUUCCGCAGAAUGAACCUUUUGCGUUCUCUGAAACCUCUUCAAUUUUCAUUCCUCAACCUUUCGACGACCAAUCACUUGGUCUAGAUCCUGUAAAUUUUUCUUUUUGA